AUGACAAAACUAUUGGUCUUGUGUCUUGUUUUGAGUUCGUUAUUGAUGUUUGGAAACAGCACAGAGUCGGAUAGUGAAGAAGUCAUCGUGAAAGACGGUCACCGCGUUGUUGUUGUGGAGUAUGACGCAGACGGCAAAACCAACACUAGAGUCUUGAUUCAACCGCCGGGGAAAGAGGAAGAGAAGAGAAUAGACAAAGGAGAAGAAGUGUUUGGGAAUGCGAAGAGAGAAACGGCGUCGUCUUUGUCAGAAGAGAAGGAGCUCGAACGCCACCUGUCUCCAGGGGAACUCGUAUGCGAUGCGUUAGGCAAGUGUAAGCACAAGAUGGCGACUGUGCUGGGGAAAGUCAAGGAUCUCACUGCUGGUAAUGAACUAUACCAUGAAACAACGAAAGAGACCGUCGCACGUACGGCACGUGACGUAGAAGAGAAAGCUCGUGAAGUGGAGGAACCGGUGAAUGAAAGGGCCACAAAGGAGGCCCAUAAGGCCCAAAACGUUUGGGAGAAGGCAAAGAUCGCGGUCCGUGGGAUAGGUACUAUGGUUGGGACAGCGCUAGGACUGACGAAGAUUGGGAGCGUGAUGGGUCUGGUGGGGAUCGCUGCGGCGUACGGGAUGUGCGUGUGGGUGACGUUCGUGUCAGGCUACGUAUUGGCUUCGGUGCUUGGGAGGCAGCAGUUCGAUGUGGUGCAGAGCAAGAUGUAUCCGGUCUACUUCAAGGCAGUCUCUGUAGGGAUUCUGAUUGGGUUAUUAGGACACGUCAUCAGCCGGCGCCGGAAGGUUUUUACUGACGCGGUGGAUAUGUGGCAAGCCGUUAACCUCUUGUCCUCGAUCUUGAUGGUCGAAGCUAAUGCUUCAUUUGUUGACCCACGAGUGACUAAGGCAAUGUUUGAGCGGAUAAAAGCUGAAAAAGAAGAAGGAAGAGGACUUGACACGUCUGAGUCACAUUCCAGUGAAACAGCGGCUCGAACCAUCGGUAAGAAGGUUAGAGAGAAGAUGGACGAGGCCGGUGGGGUGAAUCAGCGACUGAGAAAGCUAAGUGAGAGGCACUGUACGUUAAAUGCGUACUCAUCGCUGCUAAAUUUACUAACUUUCAUGUCUCUCACUUGGCACUUUGUGUAUCUCGGCCAUCGACUAAGCCUUACUUGUUGACGGAUCAAGCCAUCGGAUACAUAUACAUUCGUUGUUUUUUUAUAUUGGCUGGUUCAAAUGUUUGUUUUACGUAUCUCGUGUGUGUGGAGGAUAGUAGUUUUUGGAUGAUUAUUCAACGCAAAUUCCAAAACACCUCUCUCCAUGGUUUAGAUAAGAGUAUCUUAGAUUGUUUUUCUUUGAUUAUGUACAUAUAUUUUCGUCCAUUAUUAGUCCUAAUCUGAUUAAUUAAUACAUUACAUUAAAUGAAAACGAAAUUUUUAGUUUUUAUGACAUGUAUAUAUGAUUAAUAUCUUAAAAAUGUUCAAUGAAUAUAUUUUCCUA